AUGGCAGCUGAGCUCAUUUGGACAAUCGUCUUCGGACUUACUGCAACGGCCAUUGGCCUCGUUACCAUCUGGCAGAACUUCUGGGGCGUGCAUGUCGAGGCUGAGGUUUCACAGAGACCACCGUAUCGAACUGAAUGUUGGCGGAAGAGCAGCACCACCCCAAAGGCCACCGGAAAUCUCACACAGAACCCAGAACAGAACGGGGAUCUUGAGCGUACAUUGCAGAGUUGUGAGAAGAAAGAUUGA